CAUUUAUCGCCCAAACGAAGCUACUUUACCAACGUCCCAGCGGAGAAACGAACCUACCUUGCUCCUCCGCAUUCUUCUCUGCCACACACAUAGUCCGGCUGAAGGAAGGAAAUCGACAAGAUGCGCGGGAAGAGGUCGAAGCAGUAUAAGAAGCUCAUGCAGCAGUAUGGGCUCGCUUUUGGAUUCAGAGAGCCGUACCAGGUGCUUCUGGACGCAGAUGUCAUCCGCGACGCGGAUAAGUUCAAGAUGGACCUCAUUGGCGGGUUGGAGCGCACACUACACGGACAGGUCAAACCCAUGAUAACACAAUGCUCAAUGCGCCACCUCUACAACGCCGCCAAAGAACCCGGCGUCUCCUUCCUCAUCGACAAAGCCAAACUCUUCGAGCGCCGCCGCUGCGGCCACCUCCCCGCCGACUACCCCGAACCGCUUUCCGCAGAAGCCUGCAUCGCUUCCGUCGUCGACGCCAAGGGCUCGGGGCGCAACAAGCACUGCUACGUCGUCGCGAGCCAGGACGUCGAGGUGCGGCGGCGGAUGCGCGCGGUGGUCGGCGUGCCGCUGGUGUAUAUUAACAGGAGUGUGAUGAUUAUGGAGCCGAUGGCGGAGGCGUCGGGGAGUCAGAGGGAUAGGGAGGAGAAGGGGAAGUUUAGGGAUGGGUUGAGGGGGAGGGCAAGUGGGAGUGUGGGGAUGAAGAGGAAGAGGGAGGAUGGGGAGGGGGAGGGGGAGGGGGAGGAGAAGAGGAAGAAGAAGGUUUAUGGGCAGCCGAAGGGGCCGAAUCCGUUGAGCGUUAAGAAGGCGAAGAAGGAGGGGGAGGGGGUGGUGAGGAAGGUUAGGGAGCCGAGGGAGAAGAGUGAGAAGAACGAGGAGGGUGGGGCCGAUGGGGAGGCAGCGGAGGGUGAGGUGAAGAAGAAGACGAGGAGGAAGAGGAAAGCUGGUGCUGGUGCUGGUGCUGGUGCUGGUGCUGUGGAGGGGGAGGGGGAGGGGGAGGGAGAUGGUGAUGUGCCUGUGGCUGUGGAGGCUGCGGAUGCAGGGGAAGGCAUGGAAGCUUGA